UGUGUGCACUUUCUGGGCAGAUGGGUCCCUGCACCAUUGCUGACCAAGCUGCAGUCACCUCCUGGAAAACCCAGUUACAGGGACUCAAGUUUAAUGAGACUCAAUGGCUCGAGAGGGAUCCCUGCCCACCAACAGAGAUAUGCACUGUGCUUUGGGGCUGUGUUAGAUCUUAUUCACCUGCGGUUUCAGCACUACAAGGCAAAGAGGGUUUUCUCAGCUGCCGGGCAACUUGUCUGCGUCGUCAACCCAACACAUAGCCUCAAGUAUGCACCGACCCUCUGUGCAGCUGCGCAGACGUCCACGGAGAGAGGCAUCCUUCCUCCCUGCCAUCAUCACGAAGCAGUGCAUGACCCCCAGCUGGUUCCCUGCAUGUGCCCGCUCUUUUCCUGCCCAUGGGAAGGGCACCUGGAGGUGGUGGUGUCCCACCUGAGGCAGACCCAUCACAUCAACAUCCUUCAGGGUGCAGAGAUUGUCUUCCUGGCCACGGACAUGCACCUGCCCGCACCCACAGACUGGAUCAUCAUGCACUCCUGCCUUGGCCACCAGUUUUUGCUGGUACUCAGGAAGCAGGAGAAGUAUGAAGGCCACCCGCAGUUCUUCGCCACGAUGAUGUUGAUUGGCACACCGACCCAAGCUGACAACUUCACCUACCGGCUGGAGCUCAACAGGAACCAGAGGCGCCUUAAGUGGGAGGCGACCCCCAGGUCGGUACUGGAGUGUGUGGACUCUGUCAUUUCUGACGGGGAUUGCCUUGUGCUGAACACUUCCCUGGCUCAACUCUUUUCUGACAAUGGAAGCCUAGCGAUAGGAAUUGCAAUAACGACCAGCAAAGUUCACAACUCCGAAGCUGAAAUGUGAGGGGGAAGAGGAGCAGGAGGAGAAACAGCAACAACAGUGGUGCUCUAGCUGCCUUGUGAGAGCCAGAACUUGCAGACUUUUCGGGGGGGUCUCAGGUCUU